CCCCCUCCCGUCAUGCUCCACGCGCGACAAGAUGGCGGCUCCUGAGGAGAAAGAGCGGCUGGCUCCGGUCCUGAGGCGCGGAAGCCGCCUCCUGCCUCCUCCGCCUUCUCCCUCUCCUUCUCCUCGGAAGCGGACGACGAGCCAGUCCAAGACGGAGCCGCCGCUGCUGCGCACGCGCAAGAGGACCAUCUACACCGCCGGAAGGCCCCCCUGGUACGACGAGGCCGGAACCCCCUCCAAGGAGGCCUUCGUCAUCGGCUUGUGUGGGGGCAGCGCGUCUGGCAAGACCACGGUGGCCAACAAGAUUAUUGAGGCGCUGGACGUUCCCUGGGUGGUGCUCCUGUCCAUGGACAGCUUCUACAAGGUGCUGAACAAAGAGCAGCAGGAGGCGGCCGCUCGCAACGAGUACAACUUUGACCACCCAGAUGCCUUUGACUUUGACCUCCUGAUCAGCGUCCUGCGGAGGCUCAAGGAGGGCAAGAGCGUCAAAGUCCCCGUCUACGACUUCACGACACACAGCCGGCGCAAGGAGUGGAAAAUCAUCUACGGGGCCAACGUCAUUGUCUUUGAAGGGAUCCUGGCCUUUGCCAACAAGGAGCUCCUGCAGCUCCUGGACAUGAAGGUGUUUGUGGACACCGACUCGGACAUCCGCUUGGUGCGGCGGCUGAAGCGGGACAUCAUGGAGCGUGGCCGGGACGUGGCCGGUGUCAUCAAGCAGUACAGCAUGUUUGUGAAGCCCUCCUUUGAGCAGUACAUCGAGCCCACAGUGCAGGCAGCAGACAUUGUAGUGCCCAGAGGAGGAGAGAACUUUGUGGCCUUGGACCUGAUUGUUCAGCACGUCCACAGCCAGCUGGAGAAGCGGGAAAUCACCGUCAGAGCAGCCCUGGCCUCCGCCCACCAGGGCCAGCCCUUGCCAAAGACCCUGAGCGUCCUGGAGAGCACCCCGCAGGUCCGGGGGAUGCACACCAUCAUCAGGAACAAGGACACCAGUCGGGACGAGUUCAUCUUCUACUCCAAGCGCCUGAUGCGCCUCCUGAUUGAGCACGCCCUCUCCUUCCUGCCCCUCAAGCCAGUGACCGUGGAAACGCCACAGGGGACAGUCUACGAGGGGAAGCGCUUCCACCGGCAACGGAUCACGGGCGUCUCCAUCCUGCGCGCUGGGGAGACCAUGGAGCAGGCCCUGACCGCCGUCUGCAAGGACAUCCGCCUGGGCAAGAUCCUCAUCCAGACCAACCAUGACACUGGAGAGCCAGAGCUGCACUACCUCCGGCUGCCCAAGGAGAUUGGCGAGGACUAUGUCAUUCUGAUGGACAGCACGGUCUCCACGGGGGCCGCCGCCAUGAUGGCUAUUCGGGUGCUGCUGGACCACGAGGUGCAAGAGGACAAGAUCUUCCUGCUCUCCCUGCUGAUGGCGGAGAUGGGGGUGCACUCGGUGGCCUACGCCUUCCCCCGCGUGCGCAUCAUCACCACCGCCGUGGACAAGAGGGUCAACGAGGAGUUCCACAUCGUUCCCGGCAUUGGUAACUUUGGGGACAGAUACUUUGGCACCGACAGCACCUUGCCCUGGUACGACAGCGAGAGCAUGGACUGCUGACUUGGCCCCGCUGGGAGGGGCCUCCUUCUUGGCCGGACAUGGGGGGCUGUGGUGAUGCGGGGGAGGGGGUGUCCCCCAGGCCAAGCCUCCCCAGCCCCAGGGCCACGGAGAGAUGGAUGGACGGACCCCUCCUGCUGUGCACGUGUCCUGCCAGGGGCCGGGAGGAAGUGCGCCUGUCCCUCCUCAAAGCCACUCCUGGUAUUUAUGGGUAUUUAUGGGGAGGGGGCUCCUCUGGUGGUGCUCUGGAGGGAGGGAGCAGCCCCCCUGGGGUCCCUCUCACUCCGUGGGGCUCUGGGCUUCCCUCCGGCCGAGCCAUUCC